UGGCAGCGGCGGCCGCCGCAGGCAACUUCCCCUCGAGUCUGCCCGGCGGCGCGGGGAGUAUGCGACCCGGCUGAGCGCGGCCCGACAGGGGCGGACGAGGCGAGGACAGGCGGUUGCCGGCAGCGGCGGUCCCGCUACCGUAGCCAGAGUCACCCGGCAGCCGCCCGCCUCAGCCGCCCGCCCUCCCCCGGCUGGGGCGGGAGCCGCCGCGGCCGUCCCAUGUCCCGCAAGGCCAGCGACAAUGUGGAGUACACGCUGCGGAGCCUGAGCAACCUGAUGGGCGAGAAGCGGCGGCGGCAGGCGGACGGGUCCGCCGGCUCGGGCGCGGCGGCGGGCGAGCGGAGCCUCAUCGCCGCCGAGUCGUGCUCCAGCCUCAACAGCGCGGCGUCGGGCGGCGACCUGGAGCGGGCGGCGCGGCGGCAGUUCCAGCAGGACGAGACCCCCGGCUUCGUCUACGUGGUGUCGGUCUUCUCCGCCCUGGGGGGCUUCCUCUUCGGCUACGACACCGGCGUGGUGUCGGGGGCCCUGCUCCUCCUCAAGAGAGAGCUCAACCUGGACGCCCUCUGGCAGGAGCUGCUCGUCUCCGGCACGGUGGGCGCCGCCGCCCUCUCCGCCCUGGCCGGCGGCGUCCUCAACGGGCUGUGCGGCCGGCGGCCAUGCAUCCUGCUGGCCAGCGGCCUCUUCACGGCGGGGGCCGGCGUCCUGGCUGCCGCCCGCGACAAGGAGACGCUCCUGGGGGGACGCGUGGUCGUGGGGCUGGGCAUCGGUGUAGCAUCUAUGACUGUGCCAGUGUACAUCGCAGAAGUUGCUCCACCGCACUUAAGAGGCAGACUAGUCACCAUUAACACUCUGUUCAUCACUGGAGGGCAGUUUUUUGCAAGUGUCGUUGAUGGACUCUUCAGCUACCUCGCAAAGGAUGGAUGGAGGUAUAUGCUGGGCUUGUCAGCUGUUCCAGCAGUUAUACAGUUUCUUGGAUUCCUGUUUCUUCCUGAAAGUCCCCGCUGGCUCAUUCAGAAAGGACAGACUCAGAGAGCACGGAGGAUUCUGUCUCAAAUGCGCGGCAACCAGGCAAUUGAUGAAGAGUAUGACAGUAUCAAAAACAACAUUGAAGAAGAAGAAAAAGAAGUUGGAGCAGCUGGACCUGUGAUCUGCAGAAUGCUAACAUACCCUCCAACUCGAAGAGCCUUAAUUGUGGGUUGUGGUCUGCAGAUGUUUCAACAACUGUCAGGGAUUAACACCGUCAUGUACUACAGUGCUACGAUUUUGCAGAUGUCAGGAGUUGAAGACGACAGGCUUGCAAUCUGGCUGGCUGCACUAACAGCAUUUAUAAACUUCAUUUUUACUCUUGUGGGAGUCUGGCUCGUUGAAAGAAUGGGUCGCCGGAAACUUACACUUGGUAGCUUAACAGGUACUGCUGUAGCACUCAUUAUCCUAGCUUCGGGAUUUUUGCUAUCAGCUCAGGUCUCGCCAAGAAUCACACUUAAUCCACCAGAUCCUUCACAUCAAAACUCUACCUGCACGAAAUACAGUUAUUGUAAUGGAUGUAUGUUAGAUCCAGACUGUGGUCUCUGCUACAAAUUGAAUAAAUCAAGUGUUAUUGAGUCCUCAUGCAUUCCUGUUGAUAAGGAUUCUACAAUGAAAGCAGCUUGGGGCAGGUGUUCAAAUGAAACAGUAUUCAAAAAGGAAGAUUUGUUUUGGGCAUACAACUUCUGCCCCACCCCAUACUCUUGGACAGCACUUCUAGGCCUUAUUUUGUACUUGGUUUUCUUUGCACCCGGGAUGGGUCCUAUGCCCUGGACCGUCAAUUCUGAGAUUUACCCACUGUGGGCUAGAAGCACAGGCAAUGCCUGCUCCUCUGGGGUCAACUGGGUGUUCAAUGUGCUCGUGUCACUGACGUUCCUGCACACAGCUGAGUAUCUGACCUACUAUGGAGCCUUCUUCCUCUACGCAGGGUUUGCUGCCUUGGGCCUGAUGUUCAUCUACGGCUGCCUUCCUGAGACUAAAGGGAAAAAGCUAGAGGAAAUCGAAUCUCUGUUUGAAAGCAGGCUAUGUACAUGUGGUAUGUCAGAUUCUGAUGAAGGGAGGUAUAUCGAGUACAUUCGGGUGAAGGGAAGUAAUUACCAUCUUUCUGACAAUGAUGCUUCUGAUGUGGAAUAAUUUUCAGCUGCUGAUGUAUUUAAUCAUUUAAAAGCCUUCUGGGGGAAAAGCAGCUCUCUGAUGACCUCACUGCCCUGCUUCUGGUCUGGUUCUCCUUUCUACUGUCUGGUUAAAAAUGCCUUCAUAUUCAAAAAUGCUCCAUUUGGGAGAAAAUUCAAUAUACCAGUGUUUUCUUGAUAACUGAAAGCCAUGGCUUCUAAAAGAUUGAAUUCUGCAAUUACAUGAUUCACCAAGUGUGCAUGACACUGCACCUGCCCAAGGUAUUUAGUAGGGUACACGGGACCAAAUGAAUACCAAAAGCUGUCCCAGAUGGUCAGGGGUUGUCCUUAUCUUCAAUACUGACAAAAGAUAAAAUAAUAGAGUAGCUAAUCAGAAAGUAGCCGCCAUCUGCCAGACCCCUGUCCCGUAGCAGCCUAGGAUAAAGCCCUGCUGCGGGACACGUCAGCUGCUCUCUGGGUAACCAUUUAAAACUUUCACUGAUAAGGAAAAUACAAAUAUCUGCUGUGUCUGUCAGAGGGAACACUUCCUGAAUUUACCUGAAGAGCAUUUCCAUGUCGAUUUCUUUGUGAUACCAAGCAGAGAGCUAUGCUCGGCUGAGUGGAGGCUCACUAGGGUGGCUUAGGUCUAGAUGACGCUGGGUUGUGUAGCCACUGCUGUCCUUGAGUACACGCUACGGUCAAGAGUUGGUGUUUGUGAGAGAAACUGCCAAAAUUAACUACAUGACAGCAGGGAAACAGAACCAGGGAUGUGGCUACACGUGCAAAGGAACUGGUAUAUAUUGCUGAGUACAGUGUAGAGGCUUCAGGUGCGUGGAAAAAACCACAGUUUUUGUUUUCCUUUUUUGCACUCGAAUGUUUGGGUUUGUGCCUAGUUUUGAACACAAAAUAUCAUGAGCUGAAAGCAAGAAAAGGAUGGGAGAGGUUUUGUGCUGCAAAAUGUGCAGUGGUCGUCCCUCCCGCGCCUUUUGCUGGUGAAUAAUUACGUUGCCUUCAGUUUAUCUUCAUAUGUGCGGAGUAAAUGAAUCCCAGCACGUUUUUCCUUCAAACGUCCUUGGUCAACCAGUGUCUUGCUGGAUCUAAAGAGAAAUAUGAGCAAUGGGCAGAAGCCUGUACCUCAUAUUAAUUGCCUUACUGAAGCAUUGCAAAAUUGUCAAGAAAAUGCCAGGCGCAAAAAUCAACUUGGCUGCCUUUAGCAUGGUGAUGAAAAUGUGAAUGGUAUUUUAUCCAGCUGCCAUGAUUGCUUGCCUUGGCAAAUUGAAUUUUAUGCAGCUACAUAAAAAUAUUACGUUAUUUUUUUUCUUGCCCUGUCCUCGCUGCUUUAAGUCUUCAGAGAUAGGAGUUUGAAAGCAGCCAUGAUUCAAACUCUUAUCUUUGAAACGUUUGCUUCAUGAAAGAAUGUAGAAAAUCUCCUCUGUCUGUGGGCUGCCUCUCAUUUCUUUGGUAAAAAUACAUUUAGUUUUCAUUGUGUAAAGAUUAAAGAAGUCGUUGGUUUCAUUAGCUUUUACAAAUUUGCUUUGUGGGCUCUCCUGGGGUUGAAAAAUGUUUUGAAUGUGGGAUUACUGUCAAAACUGAGACUGGACAUUUGGUACUAAAUUAUUUUUGUUGGAUAACUGAGGUUUUGUUGUUGUAAAGAAGUUUGAUAUCAUGUUAUCUGACCUUCUAGGGGAGCAUUCUCACUCCCCGUCUAUUGAUGUUCAGCAACUGGGCGUAUUUGGUGUUGUUUUCUUUUUUAUUUCAUUAAUCAAAGAAAUUUUUGUUUGAAAGAACACAUUUUGAAGCAGCCUUCUGUGACUUGACUGGGGCUAAAAGGGGAAAGCAUAGGAGACAGAGGGAAUUUCAAACAACUCAUUACAAAGAGUGGUUUAACCUUGAAUAUCUCCUUCCCAGUGAGAGGGAUGGAUUCUCACACCUUCCAUCUCGCACCCCUUUGAAGCGCACAAUAUUCUUGUGCUUGGAAGCAUCAGCUGUUGAAAAUGCUCUGGUCUCCAGACCUGUCUGCAAAUGCACCUGCUGUGCAAUGUCUCUGUUAGGCUGUCACCUCUUUGAAACCUUCACCGAAGGUGCAAUACUUGAAAGCAGAAAAAGGGAUAUUUGGCACACAUUAGGACAAACUGGUUUCUUCCUGAAACUCAAAAAUGUAUAUUUGAAGAACCUUAUUUCAUAGACUCAUAGAAUGGUAGGAGUUGGAAGAGACCUUUAGAGAUCAUCUAGUCCAAACCCCUGCAGAAGCAGGUUCACCUAGAUCAGGUCACAUAGGAACAUGUCCAGGCGGGUCUUGAAGACCUCCAAGGAAGGAGACUCCACACCCUCCCUGGGCAGCCUGUGCCAGGGCUCCACACAGUGAAAUAGUUUUUUCUUAUAUUUAAAUAGAACUUUUUGUAUUUCAGCUUCAUCCCAUUACCCCUUGUCCUGUUCCUAGCUACAAUAGAAAAAAGUGAUGCCCCAACCUCCUGACACCCACCCUUUAGAUAUUUAUAAAUAUUAAUAAGAUCUCCCCUCAGAUGUGUAAUGCACAACCUGUGCUUGCGGUGUUGAUAUGUUUCAGUGAGUAUUUACUGGCUUUUGAGAACAGGGACUUUGGUUCUGAUCCCUCCAACAGCGUAAGCCCAUGCUCACCAUUACCCCUCUGAAGGUUCCCUUGCUUUUCGUUCAGGAGAGGGGGUGUCCCUCCCACGUCGGGGCUACUAGGAGAGGAAACCUCUGCAUUUAUUUGGCAUAACCAAAGCAAAGUCUCUGGAAAGAUCACUGUCACAAGAUCAGCCUCUUCUGUUUUACAGGCAGUGCUGGGGCAUUUUAGCAGCAGCAGACCAUCUCUCUCUGCCAGCCUUGUUUCAUGGACGUUCUCAGAAGUGGCCCUCAGUUAUGUACAGCGUGGGGCUCGUUUGCUCACACAACAGUCUUACUUGAAAGCACUUUUCUGAAGAUUUGCAUCCUGUACCCUCUUUCUCGAGGCACAAUGAUUGAACUUGUAAAUUUUAUUUGUCAUUGAGGGUGCAAAACACAUCUGCUUUCUUAUUGUCGCUCCCCCUUUCCCUUCUACAGAGUUGGGUUUGAGUCUUCCUUUUAGGAUUGCUUUACACCAGGACAACAUUCCAUACCUUAAGGAACAGUAAACCAAGUACCAAGCGUCAUGUGUAAUACAAAUGAGGUCAAAUACUUGAAAUUAGUCUUAGGCAAUUAGGGUUUUAUUUUUAGAUCUGUGAACGUUUAUAGUGUGUGAAGAAGAUUAAAUAAAAGUUUCUAUAUUGCAAAGACGUUUUAUAUUUGUGCAUAUUUUAAGUUUUAAGAGAUUUUUGCUAAAGGUAGACUUAGUAACAUUCCAAGUAAAAGAAUAAGGUGUAGAUGAAUAAUUUCUGAUGACAGGAUUUUAAUUUAUGAAGUAGCAUCAAUAGUAUGUCUAAGCACAACAUUGUUUGAUUGAAAGCUUUCUGCAGAAGAUAUGAAAUCGCUUCUUCACAAGCAGUGCACGCUUCUUUCAGGUAUUCUGUGCAGCAGGAGUGCUGGAGUGAUACUGCUGGCAGAGUGGGGCGUAUUGAUUAUACACAAUGAUUUAAGAGAUUUUAAUUCUGGAUAAUCUCCUGACUCGCCAUGUUGACAGCAAGUAUCAAAAUAAGUCCUGAUGCAUUUUUAGUCUUUUAAAAUUUAAUUUACAUAGAGGAGUUUGUUCACCGUGUUGAAAUUCAAAAGUGUUGAGGAGGGGUUGAGACAAUUUGUCACUCGUUACUCCCCCUUGUCACUCUGUUGAUCAAAAUAGUCUUUUAACAAGAGAAACAAGCCUAUUUUCAAAAUAGACAUAGAAAGCCAGCAAGGCCGUGGGACUCGUGGAGGGCCGAGGUUACAUCACUGCACAUGCACCUUACCUGGAUUGCUCACAUAGAUGUCACUGCCUUGUGAGUUGCAGUGACAACCCUGUCCAAAAUUUGAGGACAAGAGAGGAUACAUCCCAAGGAUCAUUGUUCCAACGAUGACUUGUUUUUGCAUGGGUUGGCAAAUGCAGCAUUUCACUGGUGUAGGAGUUAGGGUUGAGAGAGAAGAAAGAAAUGUUUCAGUAGAGAUGGGUGGCCGGAGCCAAAGGAGCAGUCUCUGACUUGUCUCCUGUGUGUGAGAAGGAUGGUGGGACCACAGGACUAUGCUUGGUGCUGUGGAUGAGAAUGAGGGGGCUGGCAGACUGAGCAGAAGGCACAAAAGUGCUCCUCUCCUGUGCCUGUGCAGGAGCGAGAAAGCGGGAACAGAGUUUGCAAAGCAAAUACUUUUUUCCUUGGUGAAGUCUUUUGCCCUUCUUCGUCACUCAGGUUGAGCACCGUGGAGCUCUGAUUUUCAGGGGUUGCUAUGGGCCCUGAGCAAGGGCUUUCCCUUCGGCCAGGAGAGUACUGGGUGCAGUUCUACAGGCACACAGUGGGCUGAUAAAAGGUAGACCCCUGUACUUCUCAGCUUUAUGCCCAGCUUUCUACUUCUCAAUGUCAACGCUCUUCUAACAUGAUCUUCUUGAAAUUUCUACUUGUACUUGCCGAAAAGGCUUUGUUAGCUGCACGUCACUGUGUGAGAAAGUGGCAGAGUCUUCACAGCACAGAGAUUGUGGGGUAGGAAUCAUGGCAGAAGAGACAGUUCUGCAAAGCACUUUAAAGAGUAAGAUAUUUGUGCACUUUUUUUUUCUGAGAGAGUCAACCUAACCAAACCCAUUCCUCUGCAUUGGGAAGAAAAUCGAGCUUUGUGUACCAGGCCAGAAGCAGAUAAUGCCACAAUAUGUGCUUUAUGGCAAAAUGUGUUUUUAUUGCGGGUAACAUAUACAGCUUACAUGUAGCUGCUGCCUAUAAAGUGACUCAAUCGUUCUCUGGAUUUUAACAAGUCACAUUUUUGUGCAAAACUCUUAGUGGUUUUCUAUUGAUCUUCAUCGCCUUGUAUACAGUACAGUUCAGCAUAAUCCACAAAGUGGUCUAGGUUGUGGCAGUGUUACAAAUGUCAGCACAGUAAAAUCUAGGUGAACAUUGUUAAAGAAAUGUUGUUGUUUGUGAAACUGGGGGUUAAAACUCCUUAAAGGCAACUAUAUAUAUAUAGAUUUUAAAGAAAAGGCAGUUCUUAUCUAUUUUGUGUAUGUUUUCAUAUAGAGAAUGAGUUUUUUAUGUGCCAAUAACCAUCACUGUAGUGUUUUGUAAAUGGGUGUUAAUAGUGUUCCAGAGUUCUGUAUAUGAGAAUAAACUUCAGCCACAAUGACCUGUUAGUGUGAACCAGCGGCAUGUUUGUAUCUCACUGACACCUCUCUUCAGAGGUGCUCGCUCGCCGGCUUCAGUAGAGCUCAUUCAUACCAGGGGAAGUCUGACCAGCACCAGGCCUCACGAAUUACAGGCUUCGUCUGAAUCCUGCUUUUUCACAUUGUCCCUAGACGGGAUGUUACAUGUGAAUGAUCUGGCACAUGUAGUUAGAAAGCCUCAGCCCUGCUUCAGUUACGCUCCUCCCUUCUGUUGAGGUACAGUUUGUCAGAAUUCGGUUAGGCCUUUCCUGGCAUUUGUGUAAAGAAGGGGCGCUCCCGUUAAUUGUGAAUAUCCUCUGCCUGUUUCUAAAGGAAACACCAGUUUCUGGAGUGUUAAAAUAAAGGCAAAUCUCUCUUGCUGCCUUAAAAAUUACAUAGACUUUGGAGAGGACUGAAUGUAUGACCAUCGUCGUGACUCCUGCAGGAGAAACUCCCCGGCCCCUCGGCAGGUGUGAGAGAUGGUUCUGUGGCACUGGGGUGCCGUGUUCCCACAGGCCCUGCCGGCUGCACCCUGCCAGCCCUCUGAGGCCCAGCGUCUGGGCAGUCCCCGCCAUGAUAGCUGAAGGGUUAUUCGUGGGUAUUCUCCAUGUGCUCAGUGUCCUGCUCAUCCAGGGCAUGGCUGGGAAGGGGCACGAGUCACGGCUCCGCUUUCCAUCGUGAAUCUCACACCGCUGCAAAACCAUCAACCCUAUCUUUGUGACAAAUUCUGUGUGGGAUAUUGGACAUGUUUUUGGAGACCAAACUGACAAUCAUAACUCCAUGUUGAAUAAUAGGUGCACGUGGUGCCAUCCAGCAUACUGUAAUCCCUGGGUGUGUGUUAUGGUGGUCAGUACAAAAGAGAGGGUUGGCAAAACUAGUUGUUGGGUUGUCCCAGUCAUUUCUUUAACCAUGUCAAACAUGUGCCAUUUCCUUUUGCAACCAGCCAGGCCUAUAAUGUAUGAAAGUGUUGUACAUUUUCUGAAACUUCGGUGAUGUAAAAUUAUUUAACUGACUUCUGAUUGCUUUAAUGACGUUUGGUCUUUACAUAAAAAUAAAUAUCUUCAAAGAAUUGUCAGUGCCAGAAGUGUAAAUGAACAAAAUAAAA